UUUUAAUGUCAUUCAGGAUGUCUUGUCUCUUAUAGACCACCAGCAAUGGAUAACAUUAAGCUAGGAGCUAAUCUAUAAUGUUAUUCAAAGGCCAGACACAUCGCUUACGGAAACGUGCGAGGAGGUGGGGAACAUCUACCCAGACCCGUAAACAUUCUGCGGUAUAACGGAGUCCAUUUCGUCAGUUGAGCGGUAACCGGAAGCUACAUUUCAUCCCAUCUUUUAUGUGUUAGCAUCUCAUCCUCUAUGCAAAUUAGCCUUAAUGACAGUGUCUAAACUGAAUGCAAAUGAAGCCGAAAUUGUCCCUAAAUAUGCAAUCAAAUUUCCCGAAUUACUAAUUCGGGAUUAACUAUAAAGCUUCUCACUUGUUCAGUGUUGUACCUGAUUUUUGGGAUGUUUCUCUUACAGGCUCGUCAAAUGACAGAACAAGUCUUCACGCAUAUACUUUGUGAAAUAGGUGUGUCGGACUUGUUUACCUUGGGAUUAGGUUUUGUUGUCAGAGUAAAUACACAUCUACUCACAAUUUGGAAGCAGCAGCAGCAGCAGAAGGAGGAGGAGGAGGAGGAGGACAGAUCCUGCAGCUGCGUUGCAGGUCCUGUCAUAGCGCCAUGGCCACUGCGCGGUUCCCCGGGAAGAGUGUGGACGUGGCGGCUAACUGGACGGCCCCGGGGCUGGGCCGGCCGGUGUGCGUCAACGGGACGCCGUGGAUCCUCUACCUGUUGGAGGAGUGCGUGGACAAUGUGUGGGAGUACUGCAGCGUGGUGAUAGGUCUCAUAUCCAUGUUCUGCUUUCUGCUGUCCACUCUGCCGCAGGUCUACGAGGCCUAUCGGAAUGGUAAAGUGGAAGAGGCCAUGUCCUUCGGCUUUCUUUUCUUCCUCUUCAGUGGAGAUGUGACCAGCUUUGCAGGCUGCUACCUCACCAGCCAGCUCCCUAUUCAGGUAGUCACUGUGGUCUUCUACAUCUUCACUGACCUGAUUCUCAUCUCCCAGUUCCUCUACUAUAAGAUCAAGAACAGCUCCAGCAGAAAAAGCCCUGUGUUGAAGUGGCUGUGCUUCAUGUGGUGUGGCGCUGCUACGUUAGUUCUUCUGGCUUUACCCAAACUCAUCGUAGACAAUAGUGCAACUUUAGACACCCAGAGUGCAUCUACCUCAAGAUCGGUGGAAAUCACUGGCUAUGUAUGUGGAUACCUGGCAUCGAUAUUCUACCUCAGCUCCCGUUUCCCCCAGCUCUAUAAAAAUUUCCAGCGACAGUCCACGGAGGGCACCUCUUACAUGUUGUUCGCCCUGGCCAUGAUGGGCAAUGGGACGUACGGGUUCAGCGUCAUCGUGGUCCUGCCUGCGCUGAAGGGCUCCAAACAGACCUUCAUCAUCAAACAUCUGGCCUGGCUCAUCGGCAGCCUGGGAGUCCUCAUACUUGACUUCUUUUUCAUCAUGUACAGGAAGAACUACGCGGCUAAAAGCAGCAAACUUCUCAGCGUCCCAGAGGUGGAGCCUCUGCUGUGUGAGGAAGUGGAACUGUCCGUGUUAUAGGACACCAGCAAGUUCCACGCAGUCAAGAAGGAACUGCUCAGUCUACGAUUUGUGUUAGAUCAUUCUGUGGUGAUUGAUUUAAUCACAACAACUUCAGAGAACGGAGACCUUGCAGACGCAUUGUUCUAGCAGCCAUGUUGUGGUAUACCAGCAGGCAAUUCCAGCGCGCCUUUAUAGCCUAAUUUUAUGCCGUUAAGAUGAUCAACUGUAGUGUGGUUUGCUGUGGUAAUAAGACAGGAAACACUACAGACAAGAUCUGGUCAAUUUGUCUUAACACCGGGGGGAUCGAGUUAAAUUAAGUAUCACUUUAGAGACAUUUCUGUCUGUUUAUCUCAAGGCAGGCGAGUUGGCUUCAACGAAAUAUUUUUCCCAGUUAUGAAUACUGGCAUUUUUGAUUUGAUUUGAUUUCCCCACUGGGAUUACUUGAUUUUGUCUUUGAUGGAAUAACCGUAUUUUGGGGACCACACACUCCCAUAGGAGAUGCCAGACGUCUCUUCACAAAUGCAAGCUUUAUGGAAGAAUGAAGUGCCUGUUAUACUCACAUGUUUCUGACAGUGUCCACACUGCUGUUAGAGGAUUGCAAUAUUAUACUAGGACGCAUGGGAUUUAAGUUUCUUACCUGGUUGGGUAUUUCAGUGCCAUGAAACACAGAGUUUGUGUGAGCACAGUAAUAGUGGAACCAACACUCUGUGACCAAUCUGUGAACCUGACAGAUUGUGUGAUUGUCAGGUUUUUUUAUGGACGGUUAACUGUGGCGAACAGGAAUUUGUCAGGAGCUAAACAUUACAACACUAGACUCUAGUUUGACAUUUAUUUAGCCAGAUGUGUUGGUAGCAGCAGGGGGCCUUCCCUCCACCUAAAAAACAGUUAAUCUACAGGUUUAUAAUGACCUCAUUUCUAUUUCAAAGGGAUUUUCUAUUUCUAUGCUUUCUUGGUCCAAGCUUUUUUUUUUUUCUGGAGAAACACGUUUGUGCCUUUUUUUUAAA